AUGUCUGAGAAGUAUUACACCAACCUCAUUACAGCAAUAGGCAGCGAGGACCUCCAUAUUGAGGCGAAGCGUAGCGAUGAACGCGGCAUAGGCUUGUACGCUACCGAUACGUUGCAAGCUGGCGAGACACUCUGGGCUGAGCGCCCUCUUCUCGGUGCGCUGGUACGGGCUUUCGACACCUCUUUAUGUGUCUGCGAAACAUGUGGACGGUUUCUGGGCUCACUACAACUACAGUUGAAAUUCGGCUUGGGGUUGGUCACCAUCAAGGAGAUGGCGAAAGUGUUCAACGACGCUGAUGAGAAGUUGAUCUACGAGCUGUUGUUCACUCCGGAGCUCCCAAAGGUCCCUGGAGAGGCUUCCAGGUUGACUGACGAGACCCCUAUCGCUUGGCAGGCCGACG